AUGGCUGAAAUGGCGCUGGAGGCGCUGGUCAGCACAUUGGAAGGCUGGCCACGCAUACAGCAGUUGCUCUAUAUUGCUGAGCAUGCACCAGCACUGCGCCAGACUGCUGCAAAACAGGCGAUCCAGGCGAUCCAGGCAUGCACAAGCGCAGUUGCGCUUUAUGCUCAUGCCUGGAAGCUGUACAAUACAGAUGCAGCGGAUCCGAUCGCGUUCGACGAGGCGUGGAAAGAAGCGGUCGAGGCACGGACCGCACAGGAUCGCACCAAGCUGUAUGGCGAGCUGCGCAUGUACCAAAACAAUACCAUCGACGAAAGCAUCCGCAUGGCGUACCAUGACUUGGGCAGACACUAUUGGCACACGGGUGAGAUGGAAGAAGCACUUUUGCACUUUGAAAAGGCGCGCGACUAUUUUUCGACAAACGAGCAUGCGCUGGAAAUGUACUUGAGCGCCAUGGAAGUCGCGCUUUACCUUGGCCAGUAUGCGACAGCAGUUGCGUACGCUGACAAGGCCGAGUCUGUAGUACAGACGCUCCCAACCAUUGACUUUGUCGUUCCGGGCCAAACAGACGCGUGGCGCUCUGUUCUUGCGCAGGGAUCCACAGAUCCAAGCGCGCGCGGCGAGCCGACAACAGGAAGUGCCGCGAUAAGCGCUCUGUUUCGGGCUGGCGGCGGUGCAGGUUUAAGGCGCGUCGAUGUGGAUGAGCGCAGCGGCGACGCGCACGAAAAAGUACUGCCGCGCAUCAAUGCGGUGCGUAUGCUGGGCGAAUGGGGCGAUGCUUCGGUGCAUGAGCGCCUGCCGACUGUACGACUGGAUGCGGUACAUGCCAGUGCGUACGCUGAUAUGGCCAACCCCAUCCAAUUUGCGUGGUACGCGGUGCUGUCUGCAUUGCAUGUGCCACCAAACGAACAGCGUCAGCGUGUAAGCGAGCUGGCGGAGGAUGCACAGUUUCGAUGCGCGACAGAGAGCGACCAGGCGCCGCGCGAGGUGCUGCAGGCUUUUCUUGUUUCAAAUUUCAGCCGCACAUUGGCCAUUCUCGCUCGAUAUACAGACGCGUUUGCACUGGACCGGAUCCUCGGCAAGGAGCGUACCGAGAAAAUCAUGCAUGCCAUCAUGUCGCGGCUCCUUGUAUGCUACCUAAAUGCAUUUUCGCGGUGCUCGCUGCAAGGCAUCGCGACAGCGUUUGGAUGGGCGUUGGAGGAUACUGUGCAGCGCGUAGCUUUGCUCAUCCGCGCGGGUAAUCUUGCCGCGCGCAUCGACUGGCACGCCCAGGUAGUAGAAAUGGACGAAUCGUACGCGACAUCGCAAGGCCCUGAUACGCUCUGGAAGAAUGUAUGCAAUGCCAUGGCACUGCGGCAAAGGACUACAUUGGCACAAAAAAUGAGUGCGGCAAAGUGCGUACAGGGUGACUAA